AGGUCAUUCAAGAAUUUCCACGCCGGAAUCUGUUUUAGGAAAUUGGUCUUCAAUUUUACUUCAUAUAUCUGGACAUAAUAAUGGAGAGCUCAAAAAAGUCUAAGAAAAUUGGUCAAGCUACACCAAAAAAGAUGAACAUCAGUCAAAGAGCAGAACCUGAAGGUAACAGUGUAAAGAAGAAAAACAUUCCAAAAAUAGCAUCAAACAAUAAAGUCUCAACCCCCAAAAUGAAAAAGUCCAAGACACCAAUGAAAAGUAAAUCUCCAAAAUCUACAUUAGACAGUUCUUUUGAUGAAACUAAUAUGUCCAAGAAGAAGUCUAAACAGAAUAAUAAAACUAAAACCUCUGAAAAAUCAAAGUCCAAUAAAUCUGAAGUUUCAAAAUCAUCAACCAAACGUAAGAUAGAGACCAAUGAAAGUAAUGGCUGGGAGCAAGCUAUUGAAAAAGCAAGGGGGCAGCCAGAUGGAGGAACAUUUUCAGCAGUCAAUGUGAAAAGUGAUGAUGCAGAGGAAAGUACUUGGAGCCCAGAGAAAAAGAAAGUAAAGAAAUCUAGUGUAGAGGAAAAGAAAGAAAAGAAGCCAUUUAAGGUGGCAUUAAAGCAUGCAGCUAAAAAAUUCAAGAAGACUGGAAAAGAAGAAUCUAGUAAAGCAGGAUCUGGGAAAGAAAAGGGUGUUAAAAGGAAAGGAGGAAAUGCAGACACAAGUGAAGAGAAAAAGCCAAAGCUAGAAGAAAUGAAAAAGAAAGAUCGCAAAUUGGUGAGAAGACAGCAGAAGGACAAUUUUGAAGUGUCACAAAAAGCAAAGAAAAUUUGGGAACAGCUAAGAAGGCACAACACUACUAGUGAGAAGCGUGCAGAGCUGUCUGGGGAAUUGUUCAAGUUGGUAAAGGGAAGUGCUAACCAGAUGAUAUUUGCCCAUGACACUGCCAGAGUUGUGCAGUGUUUGAUGAAAUAUGGCAGUGUGGAGCACAGGAAUUUUGUCUUUGAAGAAUUAAAAGAUGAUGUUGUAGCUAUGUCCAAAUCAAAAUAUUCUAAGUUCUUUGUGAAGAAAAUGUUAAAACAUGGAACAAAGGCACAAAGGAACCACAUCCUAAAAUGCUUCUAUGGUCAUGUAAAGAAACUCAUAAGGCAUGCUGAAGCUGCUGAGGUGGUAGAGUAUGGUUAUAAUGAUUGGGCCAAUGCCCCACAAAGAGCUGCUCUCGUGGAAGAGUUCUAUGGGCCUAGCUUUGCCUUGUUUAAGACACCUGAGAUCAAGACACUAGAGCAGAUAAUGACAUCAGAGCCAACAAAGAGGGAGACCAUACUCAGCAACAUGAGAGAUGCACUCAGUCCACUCAUUGACAAAAAUAUCCUGGCCCAUUCCUUGGUGCAUCGGAUAUUCUCAGAGUUCUUCACUUAUGCUAACCCUAAGAUGCGAACUGAAAUGAUUGAGAAUCUACGUGAAAGUGUUGUACAUAUGCUACAUACCAGAGAUGGAGCUAGAGUUACAAUGCAGUGUAUAUGGCAUGGAACUGCAAAGGACCGCAAAGUUAUAAUAAAGAGCUUCAAGACCCACAUUGAAAAGAUAGCGAAGGAGGAGUAUGGUCACCUGACCUUACUUGCAAUAUUUGAUGUGGUAGAUGACACUAAGCUGGUCUCUAAAGCCAUUCUUGAGGAGCUAAUAAAGUCUUUAAAUGAGGUUGCAGCAGAUGCAUAUGGUCGUAAAGUCCUCCUGUAUUUGCUGUCCCCACGCCACCCUCAGCAUUGUCACUCUGAUAUAGUGAAGGUUCUGCAACAGGGAGACAGCAAUGCAAGCAGCAAGAAGGAUGCCACAGUACGUCGAAGUGAGCUUCUAGAUUCUGUGUCGAAGCCUCUUCUCCAAUAUAUUGUGGAUAAUGCAAGAUCACUCGUGUUGAACAACUCUACUUUAGUGAUUCUAUCAGCAAUAUUAACUCAUGCUAAAGGUGACCACAGCAGCGCCCUAGAGGCUGUGGCUAAGAUAGCUGCUGAGCCAUUCAAAGCAGGGAACUUGGAUGAGAACUUUCAUAUAAUUGAGCACCCAGCAGGACAUCUUACAAUGAAGAGACUCAUCCUGAAUGAUAAGGAGAGAAUAAAGGAAGACAAUAAUGUGCUGUUCUCAACUAUCUUAAUGGAACAGAUUGGCGAGGGAACUUUAAAAUCUUGGUCAACAUGCAACAGAGGUUGCUUUACAAUUAUCAGUCUUUUGGAUGUUGGCAACAAAGAUGUCAAUGAGAGAAUACGAUUGGAUCUCACAGCCAUACGUCAAUCUCUCACUAAACUGGACUUUAAAGGCGGUCAGAUUCUACUGAAGAAGUUACAGGACUUAUAAUUGAAAAUGACAAGACUUUCAGGUUUCUCCUUGUGUAAUCCCCAACUUGGUUAUAUAGAUCUGUCAUAUAGAUCAUGAUCUUAUGGGUGAAAAUGGAGAUAGUGAGGUUGAAUUGACAAUUGAUGGAAGACACUGAUAUGUUCUACAUACAGUUAUUUGAAUUACCUCUCCUUUAUUUAUGGUACCAUAGAUUUUAAAAGGAUUCUAUUGUUCAGUGUACCAGUUACCUGGGGGUUGAACUUUAGAUUAUUAUUUGAUAAUUGUGCAUUGUAAAUGACUUCUAAGCCAUGAUUUGAGCAUUUUAGUGGAUGAUUUUGGGUCUCAGUGCUUCAACCAGUGACCACGUGGUAUAUGUGAGACUUUUUUCAUUGUCAUAACAUAAAAUUAUACUUACCUAAUUAAUUUCAAUUAAAAUAAGAGCCUGUGUUCCACAUUAUGGGUACUAUAAAAAAAACUAAUAAUAGUAUAUGGAAAUAUUUUGAAUCUGAAUAAAAUGUAUUUAAACUGAUGAACAU